GCGGCGGCGCCGCGCCAUGUGCUACGAGUCGGAGUGCUGCGGCGGCUCGUCGCGGUACCGCAGGUUCGCGCUCGGCUUCUGGUUCGGCCUCGCCAUCCUCGCCACCACCGCCGCCGCCGUCGUGCUCGUGGUCGCCUACGCCCGCGUCUCCCGCCUCAGCGUCGCCGUCGACGACGCCUCCCUCACGCGCUUCACGGCGACCGCCACCUCCGUCGCCUACAACCUCACUGUGGCGCUCGUCGUCCGCAACCCCAACUGGGCAAUGGGCGUCACCUACCGCUCCCUCGAGGCGUCCUACCUCUUCAGCGGCAAGCGCUUCGACAGCGUCACCGUCGUCCAGCCGGGCUACACGCAGGCGGCGAGGAAGACGGCCGUGUUCCGCCUCACCUCCGGCUCCGACGCGGCCCAGGCCUCGCUGGGGAGCGCCGGCGUGCAGGAAUACAAGAAGGAGAGCGCCGCCGCCGGCGUGUUCGACGUCGAGGUGGACCUGUCCGGCGAGGUGAAGUACAAGCUGCACCGGGCGUCGUGCAGGCUUGAGGCCAAGUGCCCGCUCAAGCUGCAGCUCGCCACGCCCGACGCCAGCAGCGUCGUCUUCCAGAAGGUCACCUGCGAUGUGCUCCGCUCGUCGCAGAGUGGGUGCUGAACUGCUGAUGCGAAUGAUCAUCGUCCAACUAUCUCAUUGCUGCAGUGCAGCAGACAGCUCACUACUCGUGUUCUGAUUUAUUUCCUUUUUUAUUAUUUAUUUUGGUUGAGGUGAAUGCUUGUGUUCAUGAUUAACUCUGCACAAAUUCGUGCAUCCAUGUAUAGUUGAAUUUACUUCUGACUGAUUGAGUUUGUUCUCUCUCUCUCUUUUUUCUUCUGUUCUAUGGUUGAAUCAGUUCUUCUGUGUGUGU